UUCUCAUUCACUCCGUCGGCGUGCGUUUGUGGGGACGGGCAGUUGGAGUUAAGGAGUUGCCGGGCAAUAGUGCACCACAAACGUUUGUUCGGGAGGGGGACUUCGCAGCAAAUUACAACACAAAAAAGAAUCCCCGGCGACGACUUUCUUCUAAUACUUCACUGCAACGUCUGUAUUAGCUUACUCUAGAAUACCUGCACGGAAUCAAUGUGGUCUUAGCUGGCUAAUAAGCGAGAUAGGUUAGCCGGCUAUUUGCUAACGACAUCCUCCCUCACCGUCAUAGCAUCAUAACGUUAGCUUGCUAGCUUACCAGCGUGAAAUUUGCUCUUGAGGCAACAUCAACUUGACAGCCCCGUGUUGCUCCUAAGCGCAGUGCCUUGCUUGAGCGAGAAAUCAAGCUAGUGAGGCUAAUUAAGUAGCCAGCCAACGUUUUGAAGUAGACUGCUGGGGGUCGGAUCUUCGUUUCAACGUUAACCGUUGGUAUCAACAUCCAACUCCCACACCUUCACCAUUGCCCCUCUCCCACCACCCGAAACACUGGAAAUCCACAAGCGGCCGGAGAGCGGCGACGGGCCAGCGAAGCUGGGGGUGGUACCGGACGCACACGGAGUCUUGGAGGCUUCAGAUAAGCAUAGUCGUGGGGAUCUACCGACGACUAUGGACGGGCUGGCGGUGGAAGUUCGCGGCUCGAAUGGGGCCUUUUACAAGGGCUUCAUCAAGGACGUCCAUGAAGAUUCCCUCACAAUAGUAUUUGAAAACAACUGGCAGCCAGAGAGACAGCUGCCUUUCAGUGACGUUCGUCUACCUCCUCCAGCAGACUACCACAAGGACAUCGGCGAGGGAGAGGAGGUGGAGGUGUACUCGCGGGCCAAUGAGCAGGAGCCGUGUGGCUGGUGGCUGGCCCGGGUCCGAAUGAUGAAGGGAGAGGUGAGUCAGGGACUGUUCUACGUGAUUGAGUACGCCGCGUGCGACGCCACAUACAACGAGAUCGUCACGUCGGAGCGCAUCCGGCCCGUCAACCCCAACAGCCCCUCCUCCCGGACCUCCUUCCACAAAGUCCCCAUCGCCAUCCCCGAGGACCUCCAAGACAUCUGCGCCAACGACAACAUCCACAAAGAGUUCAGGAAAGCCAUCGGAGCCAACUGCAUCUUCUACAGCGCCGACUCCCACGAGCUCAUCGUGCUGUCGACGAACGAGACCAGCGUCAAGCGGGCCGCCCUCCUGAGCGACAUGCACUUCCGGAGCAUCCGCACCAAGCUCAUGCUCAUGUCCCGCAACGAGGAGGCCACCAAGCAUCUGGAGACCAGUAAGCAGCUGGCGUCGGCCUAUCAGGAGGAGGUGCGUGUGCGGGAGGACCUGAUGGGGCUGGCCAUCGGCUCACACGGCGCCAACAUCCAGCAGGCACGCAAGGUGUCCGGCGUCACUGCCAUCGAGCUGGAGGAGGAGAGCUGUACCUUCAGAAUCUACGGAGAGACCCCAGAAGCAGUGAAGCAGGCCAGGGUCUACCUGGAGUUCAAAGAAGACUUCUUCCAGGUCCCCAGGAACCUCGUAGGCAAGGUCAUCGGCAAGAACGGCAAGGUCAUCCAGGAGAUCGUGGACAAGUCUGGCGUGGUGCGGGUGCGCAUCGAAGGGGACAACGACAAAAAGCUUCCCCGGGAGGAGGUAGGCAGGCAGGGGGCAGGCAGAGACCACACUGCUGCUGGCAACAAAGAGGGCAUGGUCCCCUUUGUGUUUGUGGGAACCAAGGAGAACAUCAGCAAUGCCCAGGCCCUCCUGGAGUACCACGUGGCCUACCUACAGGAAGUGGAGCAGCUCCGCCUGGAGCGCCUCCAGAUAGACGAGCAGCUGCGUCAGAUCGGCGUGGGCUACCGCACCGCGCCCGCUCGCACCGGGGGCCCGGGCGGCGACCGGGAGAAGGGCUACCUGACGGACGAGAGCAGCAACUCCCUCCACACCUCCCGCACCUACGGGGGCCGCGGCCGGGGCCGCAGGCCCUCCAACUCCCAAUACUCUGGAUACGGCACCAACUCUGAGCUCUCCAACGCCUCAGAGUCUGAAGAGGUGUCGGAGCGCGACCAGCGCCCCCGCGGCGUGGGAGGGGACGACAGGGGCUCCCGCCGCGGUGGCAGGGGGCGGGGCACCAACACGGGGCGUGGCCGAGGGGGCCCCAGCUCUAGGCCUACCAACUCCAUCAGCUCAGUCUUGAAAGAUCCCGACAGUAACCCCUUCUCCUUGCUGGAGGGGGAGGGCGAGCUGGCCGGAGACACAGACACCAGCGAUGGCGGGGUUCCCGGCGACCGCCGGAGACGCUCGCGCCGUCGCCGUAACGACCAGGAGCCCAGCGUGAUGGACGCCGCCGCCAUUGAGUCGGACGGCCAGGCCGGCCCCAACGAGAACGGACUUGACGAAGAGGGACGCCCGCAGCGCCGCAACAGGAGCCGCCGCCGCCGUAACCGCGGAAACCGCCCCGAGGGCGGCUCGGCCAGCCGCGACAGACAGCCAGCUGACAGCGUGACCGUGGCAGAUUACAUCUCCAGGGCAGAGUCCCAGAGCAGACAGAACCUGCCCCAGAAGGACACACCCGCUGCCCCCGAGCCCAAGGAAAACGGCAGCAGCACCAAGAGAGAGGAGCGCACGCCCGCCAAGCGUUCCCCUAGCAACGGCAUGGCCACGCCCAGCGAGACCCUGACUCUGGUCAACGGCGUCUCGUAGAGCGUCUGGACACGCCCCCUAACGACCCACCACCAUGUCUAGAGCAAGACUUCAUGGCAAACUCUGUCCCUGCUUGCAUUAACUUAAAAACCUUUAAAACAGGAUGAGUGAAAAAUACCUGACAAAAUACCUGAAAUUCAUACUUACGAGAGUGGGGGGGAAAGUACAAAAAAAUGACAAGCAUCUACUUAAAACACACGUUAACGGUGUAUGUAUCCUAUCUAUCAGUGCUUAGUGCUAAUUAAAAAAAAAAAAACGUACAAAAAAAAGAAAAGACUAGCUUGCCAAAAAGGAGCUGGUGGACUUGAUUUUAAAAGAAAUACUGUCACAACGAGAAACAGGACAAGGCUUAAUUACUUUUUCUUUUCCUGGAACGGUUCGUUCUAUUCGAUCUGUUUAUUUUAUUUCAUUUUCUGUUUUCUUUUUUUGUUUGUUCACUGGUUUUUGAACUUGAGGUCAUCGUCCAGGUUGAACAGACGAAUCUCUGAACAGUGUUACAGCCUGUGGAGGAGAGAAAAUGCAGCUGAUGUAAGAAUGAGAAAGCUAGCAUUGUCGCGGUGAGGUGCCCAGGAGUCUUCGGGCCCUGUACCUCAGAGUUGAGACAGACAGGCAGACAUACAGACACAGACAGACAGGAGGAUAGGUGAUCAUUGAUAGACAUUGUGCCUUGAAUUUGAAAAAAAGAAAAAAGAAAAAAAAAACUUCUGAGUUUUUUUUUUUUUGUUUUGUUGUUUUUCCGUUUGUUUCACGAGUGAGAAGGGAGAGAUGGAGAGAUGGGCGUUCAGUCUUUUCUUUUUAUUCCUAAAGAGAGAACAGACCAGCAGAGGCUGAGGGAAGAGAGGACGAGUGGCGAGUAGUUUUAAGGGAGUGACUGGCCAGGAAAUGACAAAUCUGGUGCCAAACAUGAAAUUCAAGGCGCUUGUCCUCAGAGUGGAUUGGACAGCGUUGGGGAGGUGUGUGUGUGUGUGUGUGUAGGUAUUGUAUGUAUGUGUGCACAGUUGAGUAGUGAACCUGUAGUGAGAGGAGCAACAGAAUCGUGGCUUAGCCCAGAAGUCACAAGGCCUGAUUGGCUACCCCCCCCCCCCACCACCUGUCCCUCUACAGUGAUGUCACUCACAGAGCCUUACAGACACAACUGACAGAUUGUGAACGUGAAUCUGACAUAUGGAUUGUGGGAUAUGAAUGACAGAUUCACAGAGAUCUGCCUGGUGGCUGUUUCUCCAGAACCUCCAGGUUGCGGGGGGUAAGGGUCUCCAGCUUCUAACCUCACUAGCCAGCACCCGGGUGAACCACUGGGGGAGCCGGGGGGUAAGGGUCUCCAGCUUCUAACCUCACUAGCCAGCACCCGGGUGAACCACUGGGGGAGCCGGGGGGUAAGGGUCUCCAGCUUCUAACCUCACUAGCCAGCACCCGGGUGAACCACUGGGGGAGCCGGGGGGGGGGGGGGGGGGGUCGGAACCUGAGCACACUGUGGCCGGGGGAGGGGGACGUCUUAGAGGAGACCAGACUGUGGGCACAGGACAGGACAGGAGACACACACACACACACGAGCAGAUGUACACACUGGAGACAUGAGUACACUGGGCAGACACUUGUGGACAGGGCGGGUAGCGCUCACUGGAGACAUGAGUACACUGGGCAGACACUUGUGGACAGGGCGGGUAGCGCUCACUGGAGACAUGAGUACACUGGGCAGACACUUGUGGACAGGGCGGGUAGCGCUCACUGGAGACAUGAGUACACUGGGCAGACACUUGUGGACAGGGCGGGUAGCGCUCACUGGCCUACAGCAUGGUUGCCCCCCGGGGGUCACUGUGUGGUCGACCGGCGGGUUCAUGGAGUAGUGACGGGGAAGGGGAGGGGGACCACGCGCAAGUGGGGUGGGGACGGACAGGGAGCAGGAGAGACUGUUACUGUUGUGUAGGUUACCGCUCUCAACUCUUUUGUUUUUUUUGUUGUUGUUCUUUCCACACCAUAGAAAAAUACGAAAUAAAAAAAAAUGGAAGUCAAAUCAACCGUGUUGGAAAUGAACUUUUUGAUCUUCGAUUUUGCUUUCCGUCAUGUGAGUUUGCAGUCUUUUUUUGUGUUGUUUCUUUUUCUAACAUGCAUGGUUAUUUCGCUGUUUUAACCCUGCAUGGAAGAGAUCAACCUGUCAUCUGACACUUUGGAUUGUUUGUCUCCCACACCACAACUGCUGCUAACUUAGACCAUGAAUGUCCUAGGCCCCCCCUUAAAGAGAGCCUGUGUUGUAUCUGACGUUCAACACCCACCAAACAGACCACCCAUCGUACCCCACUCUAUCGGGGAGGAAACGGCCAGGCUGAUAUCUAGCCCACAGAAAACCCAAGUAAAUGACUCUUUCAGAACCCAGACUCGAGGAGUCAGAUUUAGAAUCACUCAUGAAUUGUGCUGCUGCCCCUGUUGUGCUCAAAUGUGUUUUUUGUUUAGUUUUUUUGUGUGUUUGUGUCUGGAAGAGCGAGAGGUGGUGAGAGUUGGUACCUGUGUUCAGUUGUGCAUGCUUGCAUGGGAAGGAGAGAGUGCUGGAACACAGUCUCGUGGUUGUGAGUACUUGUCUUACCUGUAUACAACACGUGUGUGUGUGACGGCACUGUAUGCCCCUUAAUGUAUCUAUCACUUCUGUUGUAUGAUGUGUGUGUGUGCGCGUGUGUCUAAGAAGGUCUGUUGAAGCACUCCUCACUACUGUCAGGUAUAUGUCUGGUCUUGUGUACUGAUGAUGGCAAUAAAGGACUUUUCAUUGUUUGAUACAUA